AUGCUAGACAUGACAACUUUCCAAAAGGUUCAUGCUCUAGUCUUUCCUAUACUCUUCUUAUAUUUGCUUCCAUUGAAUAUCACUUCAUCUCCAACAACAGAAGCAGAAGCCCUUGUCAAAUGGAGAAACAGUCUAACCCCUCCUCUUCCUCCUUCUUUGAACUCAUGGUCCCUCACCAACCUUCCCAACCUUUGCAUUUGGGAUGCCGUUGUUUGUGACAGCACCAACACAACAGUCUCAGAGAUAAACUUAUAUGGUGCCAAUCUCACGGGGACUCUCUCUGCCUUGGAUUUUGCUUCCCUCCCUAACCUCACCCAACUCAACCUUGAUGCCAACAUGUUUGAGGGGUCAAUACCAUCAACAAUUGGCAACCUCUCAAAGCUCGCUCUAUUGGACUUGGGGAACAACCUUUUUGAAGGCGCACUGCCCUAUGAGCUAAGCCAGCUGAGGGAGCUUCAAUAUCUCAGCCUUUACAACAACAAUCUCAAUGGCACCAUUCCUUAUCAGCUCGUGAAUCUUCCUAAGGUAUGGUACAUGGACCUUGGAUCAAACUAUUUUGUAACUCCUCCUGACUGGUCCAAAUAUUCAUGCACACCUUCCUUGACCCGCCUUGCUUUACAUCUCAAUCCAUCAUUGACUGGUGUAUUCCCAAGUUUCAUAUUAGAGUGCCAUAACUUGACGUACCUUGACAUCUCUCAGAAUAGAUGGAAUGGCAGUAUACCAGAAUCCUUGUAUAGCAAUUUAGGCAAGCUAGAAUACCUCAACCUCACCAACUGUGGGUUUGAAGGAAAACUGUCACCCAACUUGUCCAUGCUUCCAAAUCUCAAAGAACUUCGUAUAGGUAAUAACAUGUUUAAUGGUUCUGUUCCCACUGAGAUAGGAUUGAUAUCUGGGCUUCAAUUUCUUGAAUUGUCUAACAUUUCUGCCCAUGGGAAAAUUCCUUCUUCCUUAGGCCAACUCAGGGAGCUAAAGCAUCUUGAUCUCAGUGUAAAUUAUUUCAAUUCUACGGUCCCUUCUGAGCUUGGCCUAUGCACAAAUCUAUCCUUCUUGAGUUUAGCACUGAAUAAAUUGUCUGGUCCUUUACCUAUGUCAUUAUCUAGUCUGUCUAGAAUAUCAGAAUUGGGAAUAUCAGAUAAUUACUUUUCUGGUCAACUUUCUGCUUCACUCAUCUCUAAUUGGACUCAGUUGACCUCCUUGCAAGUCCAAAACAAUAAUUUUACAGGGGAGGUUCCUCCACAUAUUGGCCUAUUGAAAAAAAUUAACCUCCUCUAUCUGUACAAUAAUCACUUCUCUGGUCCCAUUCCUGUAGAGAUUGGAAACCUGAAGGCAAUGACCCAGUUAGACCUUUCACAAAACAACUUCUCUGGUCCCAUUCCAUCUACACUUUGGAAUCUAACAAACAUUCAAGUCAUGAAUCUUUUCUUCAAUGAGCUCUCUGGAAUCAUUCCAAUGGAUAUCGGAAACUUGACCUCACUGCAAAUCUUUGAUGUCAACUCCAAUAACUUGUAUGGGGAGUUGCCAGAGGCCAUUGUUCAACUAACUGCUUUAAGCACAUUUUCUGUGUUUACCAAUAACUUCAAUGGAAGCAUUCCCAGAGAAUUUGGAAAGAGUAAUCCUUCUUUGGAUCAUGUCUACCUUUCAAACAACAGUUUCUCAGGAGAACUGCCUCCUGACUUAUGCAGUGGUGGCAAGCUAACUAUUUUGGCAGUCAAUAAUAACAGCUUCUCAGGGCCAUUGCCAAAGUCCUUGAGAGAUUGUUUCUCACUCGUUAGAGUUCGGCUUGAUGAUAACAAGUUCACUGGAAACAUCACGGACGCAUUUGGGGUACUCCCAAAUCUUAGUUUUUUAACACUUAGUAGAAAUCAGCUUGUCGGUGAGCUCUCCCCGGAGUGGGGUGAAUGUACCAACUUAACCCUGAUGGAUAUGGGAAGCAACAAACUUUCUGGAAAAAUUCUGUCUGAGCUAAGUAAGUUGAGUAAGUUAAGGUCUCUAAGCCUUCAGUCUAAUGAUUUCACGGGUAGCAUCCCACCUGAAAUCGGAAAUCUAGGCCUGCUUUAUAGUUUCAACUUGAGCAGUAAUCAUUUGACGGGAGAAAUCCCAAAGAGUUAUGGCAGAUUGGCUCAGCUAAAUCUUCUUGAUUUAUCAAAUAACAACUUCAGUGGAAGCAUUCCUAAGGAGCUUGGUAAUUGUGAUCGCUUGCUGAGCCUGAACUUGAGCCAUAACAGUCUAUCUGGGGAGAUACCAAAUGAACUUGGCAAUCUGUUCUCACUCCAAAUCAUGUUGGACAUCAGCAGCAACUCUCUUUCUGGGUCUCUGCCCCAAAACCUUGGAAAGUUAGCAACAUUAGAGAUUCUCAAUGUAUCACACAACCACCUAUCAGGCACAAUCCCACAAUCAUUUUCAAACAUGAUCAGCCUUCAAUCUAUUGAUUUUUCUCACAACCACUUGAGUGGUUCCAUACCCACAGGUGGUAUUUUCCAGUCAGCAACUGCAGAAGCCUAUGCUGGGAACUCAGGUUUGUGUGGUGAGAUAAAAGGAUUAACUUGCCCCAAAUCAUUUCCCUCAGACAGAUCUGGAGGAGUUAAGAAAAAGGUUCUUCUUGGUGUUAUCAUACCAGUUUGUGCCUUAUUUAUUGGGAUAAUUGGUAUUGGAGUAAUACUUUGCCGGCGGCAUGCCAAAAAACACCGUGAUGAAGAGUCCAAAAGCAUUGAAAAAAGUGAUCAGCAUAAUAGCAUGGUGUGGGGAAGAGACGGAAAAUUCACAUUUUCGGAUCUUGUUAAGGCCACCGACGACUUCAAUGACAAGUACUGCAUCGGAAAGGGAGGAUUUGGAAGUGUUUUCAGAGCACAAUUACUCACAGGUCAAGUAGUUGCUGUUAAAAGGCUAAACAUGUUAGACUCUGGUGACAUUCCAGCAGUGAACCGCCAGAGCUUUGAGAAUGAGAUAAGAUCACUUACAGGAGUAAGACACCGCAACAUAAUAAAGCUUUAUGGGUUCUGUUCUAGGAGGGAACAAAUGUUCUUGGUUUAUGAACAUGUAGACAGAGGAAGUUUGUCAAAAGUGUUGUAUGGAGAGGAAGGAAAAUGGGAGCUAAGAUGGGCCACAAGGCUGAAAAUCGUGCAAGGAAUAGCGCAUGCAAUUUCAUACCUGCACACUGAUUGCUCCCCACCAAUUGUGCACCGGGAUGUAACACUGAAUAACAUACUACUAGACUCAGACUUAGAACCUCGUCUUGCAGAUUUUGGCACAGCAAAGCUGCUGAGAUCAAACACUUCAACAUGGACCUCAGUUGCAGGAUCCUAUGGCUAUAUGGCUCCAGAACUAGCACAAACUAUGAGAGUGACUGACAAGUGUGACGUGUAUAGUUUUGGAGUGGUGGUGUUGGAGAUAAUGAUGGGAAAGCAUCCGGGAGAACUCUUGACUACACUAUCUUCAAACAAGUAUUUGCCAUCAACGGAGGAACCACAGGUGCUACUGAAGGACGUGCUUGACCAAAGGCUUCCACCUCCAACAGGCCAAUUAGCAGAAGCAGUAGUGUUCACAAUGACCAUAGCUUUGGCAUGCACACGUGCAGCUCCAGAGUCCAGACCCAUGAUGCGUGCUGUGGCUCAAGAACUAUCGGCUACUACACAGGCUUGUCUCCCGGAGCCAUUUGGCAUGAUAACCAUGACCAAGCUUACAGGGUUCCAGAAAUAG